GCUAUUAUUUUGCACAUCAUAAUUUUAUAAACAGCGCAUUACGACAUCUGAUGAUUCCAUUGUGCAGAUAUAACGUAACUUCGGUCAUUUUUCCACUGGACUGACAAAAGAACUGGUAAAAGCAAUGAAUUUGAACAAUGUGUUGCUUGUCUUCGUACUGACAGUUUUAAGUGUCGUGUGCCUUUAUUUUGAUUUAAUCUGCGUUUCCGUGCAGCCUGCACCUAACAUCGUCGUUAUUAUCGCUGAUGAUUUGGGAUGGAAUGACGUCAGCUUCCAUGGUGCCGAUGAGAUUCCUACGCCGAACAUAGACGCUCUCGCGUAUAACGGCGUAAUAUUGAACCGACAUUAUGUGUUGCCGGUGUGCACGCCGUCGAGGACGGCUUUCCUCACCGGACAAUAUCCCAUAAGGACAGGCAUGCAGGGCUAUCCCUUGCAAGGAGCUGAACCUCGUGGUAUACCCUUGAACUACACUCUUCUACCUGAGUACCUUCGUAGACUCGGAUAUACCACUCAUCUCGUAGGGAAAUGGCACGUUGGUUAUCACACGAGAAAUUUCGGACCCACCCGCCGUGGUUUUGACACUUUCUUGGGAUAUUACACCGGUUAUAUUCAAUAUUACAAUCAUACACUUCUCGAAAGUGAACAACUGGGUUACGAUUUGCAUCGCAUCGUGGGCGACAAUAACACGGUCGAAUACAGAUAUGACUACAUGACUGAUCUCGUAACCGACGAGGCUGAAAGUAUUAUCUCGUCACACAAUACCAACAAGCCCAUGUAUCUGCAAUUAGCGCAUCUUGCCCCUCAUUCUAGCGACGCUGAAGACAUCAUGGAAGUACGCGAUUGGAAAGAAACAAACGCUACUCUCGGUUACAUCAAAGAUUUGAACAGAAGAAAAUACGCGAGUGUCGUUUCUACGUUAGAUAAAUCUGUCGGUCGAGUGGUAGACGCUCUAAAGAAAAAAGACAUUUUAAAAAACACAAUCAUAAUUUUUAUGGCCGACAAUGGAGCGCAGACUGAAGGAGUCUACAAAAAUUACGGCUCCAAUUAUCCAUUGCGAGGGUUGAAAUUUAGCCUGUUUGAAGGUGGCGUUCGGGGCGCGGCGUGCAUCUAUUCGCCCUUGAUUGGUCAGUCAUCGAGGGUCUCGACGCAAUUGUUUCAUAUUACCGAUUGGCUGCCGACACUAUACUCUGCGGCUGGCGGUAUUUCGAGUGAUCUGAAACAACUGGACGGCAUUGAUCAAUGGUCCGCGAUUAAGAAAGUGAAAACUGAUGAACGAAGAUCGAUUCUCGUAAAUAUUCAGGAAGGUGAGAACAGCGAGGCGGCGAUAAUGGGACGUUAUAAACUCACUAGAGAUAAGUCCGAUUAUCAGAAGCAUUAUAGUUAUUAUAGCGGUAACGAUGCGUCGUAUCCCAAGUACAAUGUGACGAAUGUGUUAGCGUCGCCAGCCGCAACAGCAAUCGCGAGCGUUUCGACUAACGUGUUAACUGCAGCUAAAAUAAAACAGCUCCGGAAAGAAGCUACUAUAGUUUGCGAGAACCUUACGAAUUCCUCCAGUUGCAUGAACCGCACUUGCUUGUUCAAUAUCUACAAAGAUCCUUGCGAAAUAACAGAUCUAUCCUCGGAGUAUCCUAAGGUCGUGAAGAGAUUGAGCGUGUUCAUCGACAGCUAUAAAUCGGUCCUCAUGAAGAAGCCCAAUACACCCGUCGAUCCGGCUGGCUUUCCGUGCCACUUUAACAACACUUGGAUGCCCUGGCUGCCGGACGACUAUCAGUCGAUCAGCGAAAUGCAUUUCACGACGAGCGGAGUUACGUCGUGGCAACAUAACGACUUCAAUUCGACCUCGUCGUAGACCCGUAUUUGCGUUUCUGCCGAGGAACUCAGCUUGAAACCAGUUUUGAGAUGUCGAGACGCGUUUCAAUAGAUGGAUCUUAAGAGUCUAUUUGAUAGUGACAUAUUCGUCACAUUUUCAAUCACGAUUUAAACCAAGAGCUCUUCCUUCUUUCUUUUUUUUGUCUUUGGACACGACCUGAUUCUAUUCUAUUCUUCUAGCUCUUCAAUAAUUCUUUGAAAAAAGAUCGUUCAAUAAAUCCUUAAGAAAAGAUGUACAUAUUAAUGGAUUUUGAUAUUGAUUGAGUAUUGGGAAGAAUUACAUAUUACUUCGAAAGUGUUCUGAGAAGAUAGAAGUAACAAACAGCUUGGGAAUUAAUUAAAAGCAAUGGUAUUGUAAUCAUAAAUAAUUUUGUAAAUCGUUCUAAAUUAUUAAAUUGUAAUACUUGACUUAAGAAAAUUAUAGUCGCAAUAUUUAAUUAUCAUUAAUAUUUUGAUGAUUAAACAAACGGAAUAACGGAUUCCGCUAAAUAGUUUAUUCAAAGCCAAUAAAGAUUAAAGUUUCCUUUUGUCACGUAUUUCUAUCUGUA